AUGUUAAAUCAUUUAUUUCUUCCUUAUGAACUACCAACAUCAGCAGAUGAUGAUUAUCUAAUUCAAUAUAAACAUCAAAAUGAACAUAAACUUCUGGAAAGUUUCAAUGAAUUUUUGGAAUCUUUAGCUCCACAAAAAACUCUACCGAUAUUUUCAAUUCUUAAGAACUGUAUUCAAAAUUGGUCAGUAAUACAGAAUAUAAAAAAUUGCACCAUAUCAAAUUUACAAUCGACUAUUAGAAAGCUGACACCUGGUGAUUUUCUUCCGCUGUAUUGCCAUACUCAAAAUGCUGCCAUUUUGAUUGAAAUAGAUGAAAAUCCUCUUAAUCAAGCAUUAAUAUCAUCUUGGCAAGUAUUAUUACCAACGGAAACAGUCACAUCAUCUUUGCAACCAUAUAUAUCCUACUAUCCAACGCCAACGUUUCGAUUAUCAGAUUCUUCUCAAUUGACUUCUUCAGUCCAGUGCGAGUUGUUAGUCGAAUUCAUGACUAAUACCAUUGAAUAUCCCAAAUCUCCGAAAGCAUCUUAUUUGUUCAAUGAAACACGUGAAGUACCAAUCGCUCAUUAUGUUUGUCAAUGGUGGAUAACACAAUUUUCAGGCAUAAAAAACGAAAAUCUUGCGGAUACAUCAAUUCAAUUUAAGAAAAAAUAUCGUGAUCAAAUACGCUGCAAAUGUAUAUAUUCAACAGCACCUUUUCGACGCUCAGGUUUAUGGAUGACGAUGAAAGUCAUUCUUCAGACUAUUCUAACAAAACGUUUGGGAAACAUUGGUAAUGUCGUUUAUAAGCUACUGAUCACGAAUUUUCUCGCUUAUUUCAUUCAUAUGAGACAAGCUUCAAAAGAUACACAAAUAUCGGUUGAUCUACUCGUUCAUGGUCUUCGAAAAAUUGUUCGAAGAUUGAAUAAAAUUGAACAUAUGUCAUUAACUACCGAUUUAAAUGAUGUGAAACAAUGGAUGAAAACUGUCACAGAACAAAUCAAAGAGAAAAUUGAACAUAUUUUUCCAAGAUCAGAUUGGCAAAACCAUAUUCAUAUAAAUGAAAAACAAAUUCAUCAAUUAAAUCCAAAUCAACCUGAAAUCUAUCGACAUUCUUCUACGAAAUUAAAAGAUUACUUAAAAAGACCUCAAUUGUCUUCAUCGUAUCGACCAUUUUCUUGCGAUUAUAAUUCUGUUCAGUUAGUGUCCACGAGUAUCAAAAACGAAGAUAAUGAAUUACCUUUCGUCACCGCUUUAAGUAAUUCCAAGAAUAAAACCAUCGGUUUUGCCUUAACACGUGUCGAAAUUUGGGUACAAACUUAUUUAGAACGAUGGAUCGAGCAUGCUUUAUCAUCCGAUAAUGGAGGCAAACGUUUUGAAAAUUUACAAAGUUUUUUCGAAGAUUAUCAACGAACAGCUUUAAAACACUAUUAUUCAGAAAAUACGUUUACAGAUUCAAUUGGUUAUAGUCGAUAUAUUCUAACAUCGUUAAGAAUAAUUCGUUUUAUUCAUAUGAAAUUAUGUAAUGAUCAACGAUUCGAAAGAUUGAAAUCUCAUGCCAUUCAAAUUCCGAAUCUCUUGGAGUUAUUUGAACUUUUAGUUUUACCAAGUCGAGACGAGAUGAUUCGAGCUCGAAUUCUUUACGAUUAUUUUCAAGAAUUUAGUGCAAAACAAUAUCCCGAACUAUUAAAUAAUAUCGAUUCGAAGAAUGCAUUUGGGAUAUAUUUUGCCGAACGAUCAGAACAGAUGAUUAAAGUUUUGACAGAAAUUCAAGCGCAAGUUGAAAAGGAUAAAAACGCUAAAAGAGAAGAAGUGAUCCAAGAGAAAGCAAAAUAUGACGAACUGAUGAAACAAGCAACUGAACUCAUAUGCGAAUGUAAAACAGAACAUCCUUAUACAAAAUGUGAUCGAUGUAAGAUGGUUCAAAAAGCAAACAGUAUGAAAGUGGAGAUUUAUGAAUGCCCAAUACCAUCGAGACGCGAAAGUGCAUUAGCUGUGAUCUUUGAAUUACAAAUGCCUAUCGAAAUUCGAUGUUAUCGAGAUAUACUUUGGCAAUUUAUUAACCGACCGACUCUGGUACCAUCGAAUAACAUGCACGAAUGGUUGAGUAUUUCUCCUCAUAGUAGUAAACUAAGUCAAUACAACACUGCUGCAUGCAAUCGUAAAGUAAAAUUAGUAUCAUCGACUAAAUCUAUAUCACAAACUCAUUAUUUUGCACCACGGCCGAUUUCAUGCACAAUUUUGGAAGAAUUUUUAUUGGAAAACAGUUUACACGUACAGAUCUCUCCAACGAAACCAGUUGCAUUUCAGGAUGAAUGCCGAACAUUAACUCCUCAAUUAACCGAUUCAAAUUACAAACUUUUACAGUUUUCUGUUGAUAAUACGCAAUUCGUACAAAAUCGUGUAAUUGCUCAACUAUCCAAUUGUUCAUCAUCAGUUAAAUCAUCACAAUUCAUCGAAUUCGGUUCAUUUCGUUCUGGUCAUCGUUUACAAUGGUGGAAUCUUUUGAGUAUAUUAGAAUUAGAUUCUCUAUCAAUGAAUGAGGAAAGUGUUGCCAUUCUUAUUACACAUUCACUUUUGCAAUAUGGUCCCGUGAUAGAUAAUCGAGAGAAUCUUAUUUGUUAUUGGUGUCCAGAAUCACAUCAACAAUUAUUAGAUGAUGGUUUUGUUGAUGAAUUAAUCUUACGAGUAGAUCUUCGCUUAAAUGAAUGUCAAUGUAAUUGGCAACAUGAAUUAGUGCUAGUAAUUCUUACAAUCAUUGUUAUGAGAAUAUUGACUAUUUGUAAUUCAACGAAGAAAACUCAAAUGAUUGAUUUGGCUUUAAAAUGCCGUAAGAUAGCUGAAAAAUGGAUUGAAGUAAUCUCGGAAAGUAUUCAUACUCCAUCGUCGUUAGACUUUGAUAAAGUCGAGACAUUACGUGAUAAACUUAGGAGUAUUGGUCUGACAGGUUUAUUGACAUUUUUAUUACAUAUAGAUAAUGCUGAUCGUAUGUCAUUAUCGAAUGAACAUGUUAUCUGUCUACUUAAACUAGCGACGACCGUUCAAGAUAAUCUUAUUUUGAGAAAAAAACAAAUGGGUGUAAGUGUUUUCAUGAGAAAUCUAAUGCGAUUCAAUGAACGUAAUCUUAUAUUGCUACAACCAAUUUUGAAUCAAUUCCUUCAAAACACUUCCUACGAAAGUUUGAAUAAGUUUACUGCUGAAUAUUGGGCAGUGAACAAAAGUAGCAGUACAACGGAUGGAAAAUGGAUAAAAUGUGACACGGAUAUCUAUGAUGGUCUAUAUAGUGCUCAGUAUGGAUCGAAUAAAGUAUCUAUUAAUUGUAUAACAGGUACAUUUUUAGUCGAUAAAGUGACGAUUGGUUUUUUACCUGAAAAAAUGACGUCGGAUGAAUUGUUUAUUGGUGUCUUUGGGAAGCAACUUUUUGAAGUACAACCAUCAAACAAAAAGGAUACUUAUAUUACUAAACAUGGAUAUCAUACAGAUCGAAAAGUUCAUUAUGAAUUUAAUUACAAUAAUUACCCCCAUCGUCUGAUAAUUCAAGAACGACAUAAUCAAACAAACAAGAGAUUUCAAUUGAUUCCUUCCAAUUGUUUCAAAAAGGAAUUACCAGAUAUAUUUAUCUCGAAUUAUAGUCAUUGGAAGAAUGAGAACACUGAAAAGAUCGAAUUUCGACCAAGACGUUUUCAUGAUCCAAAUUUUCUUACUGAUAAACAUUAUACUCUAACAAUCAAAACAGGAUUGAUUACGACAAAAAAUAUGGAAACAACACAAGUAUUAAUCAAUCAAUCAUCCUCUUUCUUUAAAAACUUAUUUGAACGUUUUUUUAUUCGUCUCGAUGAUGCACCUUAUGUGUACAUGUUACGAGACAUUAUUUGCGAAAAUGCCAAAGCGAAGUUUGGUACUGUUAUUCAUAUACAUUUGUCUCGAUUAGGUAUUGCUUUCCGAUAUGACAUCCAUCAAAAUGUGAUCACCUCUCGUGAAUAUCCGGAUAUGCAUAUCGAUGAAAAUCAAUGGUUUGGAACAUUAACAGGUUUAAAAGCUGGUCUUCUCCUAUCACCCAUGACUAUAAAUAAUCAACAAAAUAAAUAUCAUCUCUGUCGAAAAGUGAUUAUUCCUUAUGGACAUGUUCAAGUUGAAAAAACAUCAGAUAAAAGUUAUCAAACUGUUACUAUAGAACGAAAGGCUUCAUCAGGAACAUCACUUCAUCAAUAUUUUGUUUUUAUUUUAAAUGAUCGAUUACGUAUUCUUCAAUCAACUGAUAGUCCAACUGGAUGGCUCUAUUUAGCAUUAUUACAUGCAAUGACAUCCCAUCCUUUACCAGAUCAAUAUACAGGAAUGACUGGUAUGGAACGUUCUUUUCAACUAUUAAAUUCAGCUGGAUCUUGGUCUGACCAACCAUACGAUCCAAUUUCUCUGAAUAUCCUAUCCCAAAUUGCAUCUUUAUCUCCAAAAGUAAAUUAUUACCCUGAACAUCAGACAUGUAUGGUAAAAAUCGAUUGGAACACUCAAAAUUUACCUUAUUCCAUUCAACAUUUUGGUUAUUAUUUAUUAGCGAAGAAAUUAUAUGAAGCAAGUGAACAAUGGAAGUUUAUGUAUUCAACAAAUACAUCUCAUGGCAUACAGAAGUUGUUUGAAAGCAAGGAAUACAACGAAGAAGUAUUGAUUAAACUCUAUUGGGAUUAUCGAGAUUCGUAUAAUCCGAUAGCACGAUUGUCUCCUCAGAUGGAAGCAGAGAUUCGAUCAACAAAUAUAACAAAAUCAUACCAACCAGUAUGGGAAAGUUCUACAUUAUCAACUACUUACAAUAAUCCUCUUCGACUUGUUGAUUAUUUAUAUUCCAAUGGAGAUGUAUAUCUAAGAGAUAGUUCAUCAUUGACAUGUUUUCCAUUAUCUCGAUGGCUAACAAAUGAAUAUCAACCGAAACAUAUAUGGAUUGGUUUAUUUAAGUUAAUUGAACAACUAAAGACAGAACAAAGUCCGAAUCAACAAUAUGAAAUUGAACGUUUAGAAAUACUCUUAGACUUUCUUCGUUACAUUUCUCGUAAACAUGAUACUCAACCGUUUUAUUUUCAACUACUCAAAUCAUUUCUGAAAUCAUCAACAACAUCACUACGAACUCUUCCAUAUCCUGAAUUCACACGUUAUGAAAACAUUCAGGAAACAUCUGUUCAAUCGCAUCGUAUUAGUUUUCCAUCAAGACUUUACCCAAAUAAUCGAGAAAAAGCUUUACAAGAAAUUCGAAGUUGUUUUAUGAAUAAUCGUGAGUAUACAAAUAACACUUUUCCAAAAUGGCGCAUCAGCACAUAUCAAAUCGAGAAUUUAUUUAAAUCCUGGCGUGCCAAUGGUGUACUUUGUUCAUUUCUAAAUAAUAUUCAGAACCACAUUCAAUUCAUUACAAUUAUUCCAUUAAAUAGUGAAGUGAACGUCAAUCCCCAAAGUUUUGCAAUCGAAUCAUUUCAAAAUCAUUAUCAAAUUAGAAUUAAUUCUCAAAAUAAUUUUAUCGAUCAAAAAUUGCUUGAAUAUGCCAAACAAAAAUUCUUGCAUCCUCAUUCCAAUUAUUUCAUUAAACCAACUAUAUCUACUGAAAUAAAAAGUGAGCAGCAGAAGGCGUUCCCCAAAGAAAUAAUUCCUUCGACAGAUCAUCAACUCAAUCCUCUUAGUGAUAUUGCCAAUCAUUUUAAAGAAUAUCUCACAGAAAGUUGGACAAAAUUUCAAGCGACUAAAGAAUAUCAAACAAAAUAUCCGGAUCUAAACGAAAUCAAGAAUUUUCUCAAAUCUUAUUGUGAACAAUCGACACAAAUGUGGGAUGAAUUAACGAAAUCAAUUAAAUUAAAUAAUGAAUUACUAUUCAAAACUGGUUUAAUCAUAAGAAUCGUACCAACAACAUUAAUAUCUAUCUUUCAAGAAAUCUCUUUAAAAAAAGAAAUCAAUAUCGAUAACUUACCGUCAUUAUUCUUAACAACUGAUCAAUGCACAUUACUCGGUGGUAUCCUUGUCAAUUGCAUUGUCGAACAACAAAUUGAACGAGCAUUACAUCUCGCUAUUCAUGAGAAAUGGGAAGAUUUUGAAAAAGAAAUCUCCAAUAUUCCUCAUACAAAUUGGAUACCAGCAGAACAUGUUCCAUGGUUAAUUAUGGAAUUAGAAAUGAAUAUUACCAUUCGAGAAAUUCAAAUUCAAGUUGCACGUCAUAUGAUGAAUCCAAAAAUAACAGGAGACAAUUCUUCAAUACGUAAUAUCGUCAUGCAAAUGAAUAUGGGUGAAGGAAAAACUUCAGUUGUUCUUCCAAUUUUAGCACUUAAUUUAAGUUCAUCAUCAUCAAGUUUAGUUCGUAUAAUUGUACUAAAAUCUUUAUUUCCAAUGAAUUAUCAAUCAUUACGAUGUAAAUUAGGUGGUUUAUUAAAUCGACGUGUUUUACCAUUUUCUUGUAGACGUGAUAUGAAUUUCACCACUGGAGAAGUCAAUCAAAUUUUUAAUCGUUUACAGAAAGGAUUAAAACAUUGUGAUGUGAUAUUAACUUCACCAGAAGAUAUUCUAUCAUUUGAUUUACUUACAAUAGAUAAAUGUCGACGAAAUGAAUUCAUUGUUGGUCAAUCAAUGUUAUCUGUUCAACAAUGGUGUAAAAUAUAUAUUCGUGAUAUUUUAGACGAAUCGGAUGAAAUUUUACAUGUUAAAUAUCAAUUGAUUUAUUCAGUUGGUCGUCAACAACAAGUUGAUGGAGGUGCAGAACGUUGGAAAACUAUUCAAUCGAUUUUAACAUUCGUCAAACAACAUGCUGCAACUUUUGCUCAACAGUAUGGAGAUGACGUUUUUUAUAAAGCUUCAACACGUCAGAGUCAUUUUCCGGAAUUUCGUUUAUUAUCAAAUCAACCAUUUCCAACAUUAUGUAAACUUAUUCUUAAGGAAUGGCUUAGUCAAAGAAGUUUUCGUCAAAAUGAUUUGCAGGUGAUAGAAUCGUUUAUUUUGAACACAAAUUCAUCUAUAGAUGAUCUGACUGGUCGAUUUUCUGACACAAUUAUUCAAUUAUUCCUGAUUCUGCGUGGUUUAUUAUCAUCAGAAGUGCUAUUCGCUGCUUUGAAAAGACGUUAUCGUGUUAAUUUUGGUGUGAAUCAAAAUUCGAAAUUCGAUCGUUUAAUGGCUGUACCAUUUCGUGCAAAAGAUGUCGCUGCAGAAAAUACUGAAUUCGGUCAUCCAGAUGUUGCGAUCAUUUUAACUCAACUUUCGUAUUUUUAUAGUGGUUUAAAUGAUACACAAAUGAUGCAAUGUUUCAAUCGUAUGAACGAUGAAGAAGAAGAUCCUGAUAUGAUUUAUGAAGAAUGGAUUUCUCAAGAAGAUAAAACUGAUGAUUUGAUUUCAAAUGUUCAACAUUGGAAAUCAGUUAAUUUAAAAAAUUCUCAACAAACAUCUGAAUAUCUCUUUCCAAGUUUACGUCACAAUAUCUUAGUAAUUAAUUAUUUUCUUAAUCAUUUCGUUUUUCCUCGUGAAGCAAAACAAUUUCCAAAUAAAUUGAUUGCUUCUGCUUGGGAUUUAUCUUCAUCAUUCUCACGAAAACAAAUCAUCACUGGAUUUAGCGGAACAAACGAUACACAAUUAUUACUCCCUGCUCAUAUUCAUCAAUGUGAUUUACCAGAAUUACGCAAAACCGAUGCUCUUGUUCUUAAUAAUUUACUUCGAAUUGAAAAUGAAAAUUAUCAAUGUUUAUCGAUUAGUCCGAGUUCAGAAGAGAUUUUAAAACAAAUUGUCAAUUGUGAAUUAGAUAUUCAAGUGAUUCUUGAUGUUGGUGCAUUAUUUAUCGAUGGAACAAAUCAUCAAAUAACCGAGAAAUGGUUAAAUUUAUUAAAUAAAACCAAAAUUGAUUAUGCAGUUUAUUUCGAAUCCGAUGAAAUUUUUGUUAUUGAUCGUCUUAAUCGAUGUCAUGCUUUUUCAACAUCACCUGCUAGUGAACGUCUAGAUCGUUGCGUAUUUUAUCUCGAUGAAAUUCAUACAAGAGGAACAGAUUUUAAAUUUCCAAAUGGUUUUCGAGCAGCGGUGACAUUAGGAAAUGGUUUAACGAAAGAUCGUUUAGUUCAAGCAUGUAUGAGAAUGAGAAAAUUAGGAAAAUGUCAUUGGUUAAGUUUUUGGAGUUCAAAUGAAGUUCAUCAUCAAAUUGAAAUGUUGAAAAGAAAUUCAUUGUCAACUGAUGAAAAAGUUACUCUGGUUGAUGUUCUUCGGUGGGUAUAUGAAAAUAGUCAACAAGCAACUUGGGAUGGUUUACAUCAUUGGGCUACACAAAGUUUAAGUUUUCAACGAAAAGUAACUGCUUUUCAAAAUAUCUAUCGGAAUACUGAUCAACAAACAUAUACAAAUACAAUGAUGGAACAGUUAGCUAAAGAUUGUUUAGAAAAUGAAAUACUAGAUUUAAAAUCAAUGUAUGGUCCAUCAAAAACCUGGCAAAUUAUUUUGGAAAUUUAUUCUGCUCGAUAUAAAUAUUUUCAGAUAUGUUCAUCCACCGAAAUUCAUAAAGCUGUCACUAAACGUUUACAAGAUUAUGGUGGAUCGAAAAAAUUACUAUCACAAUUAUUAGAUGAAGAACAACAGCGAGAAUUAGAACAAGAACAAGAAAUGGAAGAAGAACGACAACAAAAACGUCCACCAGCUGUUCAACCUUAUGAACCUGUUUUGCAUAAUGAAAUUAAAAGUUUAUGUGAUAUGCAAGGUACUACGGUGAAAUUAUCCAACUUACCUUCAGUAUUUCGUCCUCUGAAAGAUGCUUUUCUUGGUACUACAUUUCAUGAACACAGCCAAUUUCAUUGUUGGCAAGCAAAUCUUUGGAUUUCGACUGAAUUUCAACGAGUUAUUCAAACACGUGGAGAAUCAUUAGAUCCAUUCCUGCGUCCACCACGAUGGGUGCUCAUCUAUCGUAAUCAACACGUUAUUUUUGUUAGUGCUUUCGAAGCCAAUUGGUUGUUAGGUCAAUUACAGCAUCUUCACCACAAGCAAAAACUCGUUCAACCACCAACGACCACAUUACAACUUCUUCUGCCACGUAUUCAACGUGAUCAAUCGAUUUUCAUUGAUAUCCCACGUCUGACCAUUCCUCCAACUGGUUCCUGUUCUAUUCCAGUUGAAUGGUUGGCUCAAUUAUUUCUUUUUAAUGGCACUCUCUAUUUCAAUACUGUUGAAGAACAAGCAGCUUAUUGUCAAUGUUUAGGUCUAUGUCCAAAACCACGAACAAAACUCGAAGAAGAUGCUUUCGAUAAUGGCUGGAUCGCUCUCGAUGGUUAUGUAGAACAACCAGAACAUCGUGAACAACUACAACUUCAUCAUUGUUGUUUUCCUUCGAAUCCAUUGAUAUUUGUGAAAAAACUGCUUGAAAAUCGAAAUAGUUCACAUGCACCACUGACAUCACAUGUGGGCAGUAUUAUUUUCAAUGCAGUUAAAUUUCCAAUAUUAUAA